AUGUCCGAAUCCGACCACAUAGAAACUUUCUGCCUCAGUUCAGCCGGAAACUUCACUCGCAGCUCAACUUACCACACAAAUCUCAACACUCUUCUCUCUACUCUUAGCAACCAAUCAUCCCUCGCUAACUAUUACAAUCUUACCACUGGCCUAGCUUCAGACAGAGUCCAUGGCAUGUUCUUAUGCACUGGCGACGUCAACAGAACAACUUGCAACGCCUGCGUCAAGACCGCAACAAUCGAGAUCGCCAAAAACUGUACUAACCAUCGAGAAGCAAUCACUUACUACUUUGAUUGUAUCGUUCGUUACUCAGAUAAGUUCUUCCUAUCGACCUUAGAGACAGAGCCUAAUACCUAUUGGGUGUCUAACGAUCCAAUACCCAAAUCAUUUGGUAAGUUUAGACAGAGCUUGUCCGAGAAAAUGGGAGAAGUUAUCGUUAGAUCGUCUAUGCUGUCUUCGUCACUUACUCCAUAUUAUCUUAUGGAUACGACUAGGUUCGAUAACUUGUAUGAUCUUGAGUCUAUUGUUCAGUGUACUCCUUAUUUGGAUCCUGGAAACUGUAGCACAUGUCUGAAACUUGCGUUGCAAGAAAUCAGCGACUGUUGUAGUGAUCAGCGUUGGGCUAUCAUCUGGACUCCCAAAUGUUUUGUGAGUUUUGAUACCUACAAUUCAUCGUUGCCGCCGCUUCCGCCGCCGAAUCGUAGCGGUUCCUUCUCGAUUAGAGGAAACAAUAAAAUAGUUGGGGGAAUGGUUCUUGCAGCGGCGGCUUCGGUGUUUGUGUUUUUGGGAUCUCUUGUUUCCGUCGUCGUCCCUCCGAGAACGGUACGGCCUGCGGCGGAAAGCACCUCUGCGUCUGAGAGCGGAGGUAAAGAGAGUGUUGCGGCGGUAAUCAAAUUUCCGGAUGCGAGUCACGGAAGCGCGGGUGGAGACCGAGAUGGUCCGAGCGAUGGCUGCUACAAGUAUACAGGCGUAACUCCUGAUACUGGAACACGCCUCUGUCCCAAGUGCGUUUACAAUAGGCGAGAAAUGUUUUCGGUAUCAAUGCCUACUAGCGGAAGAGAGACGCAAUCACCAAGAUUCUGGUUGGUUCGACGGGAAGAUCUAAAGUUUCUUCAUCCCAAGACCAAGUAG